AUGUCCAAGGUUGACAACCCAGGCACUCCUACUGAAGGUUACUACUACUUGCCACCCCAUGCUGUGGUUAAAGAAUCAAGUACAACUCCUAAGAUGCGGGUAGUAUUUGACGGUUCUGCUAAGUCAACCACAGGAAAAUCACUCAAUGACACUUUAGCUCCAAGCCCAACCACCCAACCAGAACUGUUUGACAUUUUGCUUCAUGCAUCUUGCGAAGCCAUAAAGUUGUUAUCACAGCAGAUGUGA